AUUCAGGUUUAAAUCAUCGGACAUGGACUUAAUGAUCUGGUUUUAUGAUCAUAAACUGAUAAGCGAUAUCUCACAGGCCAGACUUUACGAUAGAACAAAACACGACAUUAUACUGAUGGAGGACAGUGAUACACCGCCUGGGUUUGUCAAACUACAGCUUCUGACAUCAUCACAAGAUGACGUCAUUGUAUCAUCAGCUGUUCAGUCAAUGACAUAGUUUAUAUCUCAAGUUUGCUAUGGCAACAGCAAUAUUUAAAAGAAAUGGAUAGUUCAAAAAGUUUCAAGAGAGUUAUUAGUCACGGUCCUUGCGUUAGUUGUUAUCUUGGAUCUACCGGUACUGAAUUAGACUGUGCUGUAUGUUUUGCCAGUACACACUUGCCUGCUCUAACACGACCUUGGAUUGAAAGAUGUCUCUGGCAUACUUGGCCUCCUACACCUAUGCUUGCAGAAAUGUUAGAAAAUGGGUAUCAUUGUGUGCCAGUAGGAAGCAAAAUUAUUUCUAGUGGAAACCUAUUAGAGUGGAGAUUGUCGUUUUCUCAAGCCGAACAGAAACUUGUUUCUACUAUGAAUCAUACACAAUUUCUGGUUUACGGACUUCUGAAAAUAUUUCUAAAGGAGAUAGUCAAUGAUGGCGUAGAGGAACCAUUACUGUGUUCUUAUUUCCUGAAAACCACCGUAUUCUGGAUGAUACAGGAGGGAUCUGUUGAGUGGCGCCCUAACAACUUACUGAAUUGUUUCUGGAAGUGUUUCAAAUAUCUCAUUGGCUGUGUUUAUCGUGGUGUAUUCCCGAAUUUUUUCAUUCCACAGAACAAUAUGUUUAUUAACAAAGUGACGGGUAGUCCAGGCGAAGCCCUCUAUGAACAGCUUGAUCAGUAUUACAGAAUGAGCGUGUCCUGUCUGCUGCUUAGCCCAACCCUCAUAUCAAUCCUAGAGCCAGCCUUCAGCAGUCUAACAUUUGCGAUUCCUUCUGUCGAAGGACAUAUUACAGCUGUGGCGGAGAUCGAUAGUGUUAUCUAUAGAGAAAUUUUGUAUCUUACUCUGGGUAUCCAAAAUCCUAGAUGUCAUUUCAUACUUUUGAUGACAAUAGAAAGACUAACACAGCUAUCACAUUCACCUUACCAAACAUUAGCAUUGCAACAUUACACAGCUGAGGUUCUUGCUCACACGGCCUUCAUGAUGGCAAACAAUACAUCAUACAACACACAUAGAAACCUGUACACGUUAGACAGAAUUGUAUGUAACAUGUUGAAACUGGCAUCAAGGAUAGGCCCUGUGUCCCAUUCACUGUAUCUCGCCCUGUAUUACUAUAGAACAGGUAGAUAUAAUGAAGCACUCCGUGUGACUUACCUCACUAAACAAAGACUAUCACAGCCCUAUAUCCUGUAUGACGGUGAUCAUGUAGACAGCCAGAGAUACAGUGAGGCUGUAGGUAGUCUGUCUCUGUCUAGGAAAAUGAAAACAGCAUGGACAGUCGAUGUGAAAUUAAUACCUGAAGUCCACUAUAUUGAUGAAUUAAUCUUAGAACAGGAAGUGGGUAAACAAAGCGAUCAAAACGUCUUAUACAUUUCCCCCUUUGUGUUGACAGACAUGCUAUUGGUGUUAUCUCACUACAGACUAGGUAACAGAUCCAGUAUCUACAGUCACUGACAGACCUACAGACCCUGCUGCUCUAUGAUGAUGGCAGAUAUGUACCGUUACACUUCAGGGAUCUGUCCUGGCAGAUACUGGGGAUCUGUCAGCAUGUUGUGGGGGACUUACACGGGGCGUUACAAUCUUAUCGAGAAUCACUCAGACAAGAACAAUACCACAACAUAAAGACAGCUACAGAAAAUAGAAUAGUGUUUGUUGAACGUCAGUUACACAGAAAUAUGCAAUCAUAAACACCAUAUUUACUACUAUAAGCUUUAGGGACAUGUUGGAAGAAAUAGACAGCCUGUGUUUUAUUGCGACCCUGUUCUAUUCAUAGAGAUAGUCUACCUAUUAACAAAAUCUAAGUCCCAUACCCCUGAUUGAUUGAUUGAUUGAUUGAUGUUUUUCGCCACACUCAACACUUUUUCAGUUAUAUUGUGGGGCCCAAUUUUUAUUGGUGGGAGAGAGAACUCAGAUACAAUGUACCUGAGAAGAGACCACCGACCUUCCGCAAAUCAACUGGGAAACUUUCUCCCUUACCGGCGCGGCAUUCAAGUGGUGUACUUGUAGUGGUGUUAACUGUCCAGUUCAUUACGGAACCACAUGAGAUAGCGAAAGCCUAUCUGGCCUCAGUGCGCUCUUAUCUUGGCUUCUGUGUGGACGUGUCAAUAUUAAGCAGCAGUGAUUUUCCCGCGGUUUAUUUAGUGAACAAAGGAAUUCUGUUAUUCUUUGUAUUAAUUGUUUUAUUAUAUACCAUGGCUAUUGGCCGUGAAGAGGAUGCCCUACUGGGGUCUUUUGAUGAUGAUUUAACAUCAGAGUCAAAACAAAUUUUGAAUGCUUUGACUAAAAUUCAAGGCACCAUGGACACAGUUGCUACUGGCAUUAAUAAAAUGGGGGUUGCUUUUUCUGCAUUAGCUGCAGCAGGCCCCAAAUCAAUGGUUACUGACCAGUCUUCCACUUCAAGCAAGCGUUCUGCUGCUGUAAUGGAGGAGGGGGAGACAGAUGACUCUGAGUAUGAUGAUACUGAUGAUAUUAAGAGUCUUUUGGAAUCCGGAAAUUCCGGAGCCAAAGCUGAGCUAGUUGACGAUCAGCAGAGCGGUUCAGUGUUAGAGGAAAUGGACGCUCUGUUAGAGGAUGAUGAUGAUGUUGGUCCAGCAAUUUCAGAAAAACUGGCCAAUAUUACUAAUAAAGCAUUCUCUAAACAGCAUUGUAUUGAUGCUGUGAAGAAAAAGAAAGAGUCUCACAAGAGACCAAAGAAUUGUGAAAAAGUUAUUGUGCCGAAAGUUAACUGUAACUGCAACGGACCAGACCGGGAUUCGAACCCGGGCCCUCUGAAUCUCUAGUCAGGUGCUCUACCAACUGAGCUAUCUGGCCACCGGCGAUCGAAUUCGGCUGACCGCUACAUAACAAAGAAAUUUGGCGUCAAAUGUACAAACAAGCUUUCACUAAAAAGCGUGAUCUAAGAUUGAUGAAUGUUCAAAGUUUGAUAACAAAAUCAACUUGUGCAAUAGUUAGUGUAGCAAACAAGCUGUUAAAAUUAGAUGGCCAAAAACAUGAUGCUGAAAUAAGAAAUUGUCUUGAUGCAAUCUAUUUAUUAUGCCAUGCAAAUACUACAAUGUCUAUGCAGCGGAGAGAUUUAUUGAGACCCAUUUUGAAAAGUAAUUAUGCUGCAUUGUGUGACAGCAAUACUCCAGUUACAUCCUUACUUUUUGGAGAUGACAUUCCUAAGUCUUUGAAAGAGGCUCGACAAGUAAGCAAUGUUGGAAGGGAUUAUUCCUCCAAAAAAAAAAAAAAAAAACGGGAAAAGA